AUGUCCAGCGGCAUCAUACAACGCCAGACUACACGACACUUGAAAGAGAACUUGGUUGGCCCCAUCGAAAAGACGCUAUCUAAUUUGAGUGAGUUAGUGCUUUUUACAGUCUGUCGGCAACAUGUAGUACCCUUGAGGCGGUCCGGUUUCUCUGAAAACAGCGCUUUCACGGGUGAGUGGGCGGCUUACCUCUAUCCAAUGAUCAGCGGUAGAACUGUACCAAUCGUGGAUAUAGAAUCCGGGCGACAGGGUCAGGUGCAGGUUGUGCAAUUUCACAAUGAGCAGCUUCUCGAUUUCUGGCGUGAUGCGGUUCAUGAGGCAGUUGAUUUCGCCUAUCAGCCACUGCAAGUAGAUGACGUGAAAACAGGACAUCGAUAUUAG